UUAUAACGCGUCGCCUUCCCUUCGCCAUGUCCGUCUCCGCCGCCGUCGCCGCCGCCUCCACCUCCCGUACCCUCGUCCUCGCCCGCCACCGCUCGCCGCCGGCGUCUAGGGUCGCGGCGACAAGCCGCGGGCGUCCGUUCUCCUCCGGCCCCCAUCCCCUCGCCGUCUCUCCCGCCACCCGCGCCCCCGCCAUGGCCACCGACGGCGCCGCCGCCGCCGCCGCGGCAGGGUCGAAGAAGAAGAAGGAGGUGCUCAUCUUCGACGCCGAGGAGGACCUCGCGGUGUCCCUGGCGAAGUACACGGCGGAGCUGUCCGCGAAGCUCGCCGCCGAGAGGGGCGCCUUCACCGUCGUGCUCUCCGGCGGAUCCCUCAUCAAGAACAUCAGGAAGCUCGCGGAGCCACCGUACCUGGAUUCGGUGGAUUGGAGCAAGUGGCAUGUGUUCUGGGUGGACGAGAGGGUGGUGCCCAAGGACCAUGAGGAUAGCAACUACAAGCUCGCCUUGGAUGGGUUUCUCUCCAAGGUCCCAAUUCCUACUGGCCAAGUUUAUGCUAUAAAUGAUGCCUUGUCAGCUGAGGGAGCAGCGGAUGACUAUGAAACUUGCUUGAAGCAACUUGUCAAGAAUGGUGUGAUUGCAAUGUCGCAAUCGACUGGGUUUCCUAGGUUUGAUGUCAUGCUCCUGGGAAUGGGCCCUGAUGGCCAUAUUGCAUCUCUUUUCCCAGGCCACCCUCUUGUUAAUGAAAACAAGAAGUGGGUCACCUACAUCAAGGAUUCUCCAAAGCCACCACCUGAGAGAAUUACGUUUACAUUUCCUGUGAUCAACUCAUCUGCGUAUGUCGCAAUGGUGGUCACUGGAGCUGGGAAAGCUGGUGCAGUGCAGAAAGCACUUUCAGAUAAGCAGACUUCGUCUGAUUUGCUGCCUGUAGAAAUGGCUGUACUUCAAGAUGGGGAAUUCACUUGGUUCACUGACAAGCCAGCAGUGUCAAUGUUACAGAACAAAUGAGGUCCAUGCCUGGAUAUUGUUUAAGCUUUCAUCUUAAAUAAAGAUCCAGGGGCUAAUCCCAGCCUGGAUACUGCUUAAGCUUUCAAUCCAAAGCUGGGUUGUAAUGAUCUUCUGUCUAAAAAAGGAUCCAGGUGACUGCAUAGUUGCAUUCCUCUUUUAUGCAUCACUUGUAAGGAAAACAUGAGCAUGUAUGUUGUAUGUUGUUCAGAGUGAUGUAUCUGAGACACUCCUGGUUUCGACUUAGUAAAUAACCUUUCCUGGCCCUUGCUCAAGUGUCUAUGUUUGUUAAAUUUGCGCGGUUAAUAAACCGGCGAUCAACUUAUCUACAUAUUUUGCAAAUUCAGAUAGAGAA